GCCGCUCCCGGGGCCGCUCGCAGCCCCCGCACGCCGCCCCUUGCCGCCGCCGCCGCCGGAGGAGGCUGCCCAGCCCAGCGGCCCAGGAUGCGGUUUCGCCUCUUCUCCUUUGCCUUGAUCAUCCUGAACUGUAUGGAUUACGGCCACUGCCAAGCCGGCCGAUGGAGACGCAGCAAGAGAGCUAGCUAUGGACCAAAUCCAAUUUGCAAAGGCUGUUUAUCUUGUUCAAAGGAUAAUGGGUGCAUCAGAUGCCAACACAAGUUAUUCUUCUUCCUGCGAAGAGAAGGAAUGAGACAAUAUGGUGAAUGCUUGCAUUCCUGCCCAUCGGGGUACUACGGACUCCGGACGCCAGAUAUGAACAGAUGUUCAAGAUGCAGGAUAGAAAACUGCGACUCCUGCUUUAGCAGAGACUUUUGUACCAAAUGCAAAACUGGCUUCUACUCGCACAGAGGCCGCUGCUUCCGAGGAUGCCCCCCGGGAUUUGCAGCCUUGGAAGACCUUAUGGAAUGUGUGGAAGGCUGUGAAGUGGGUCAGUGGAGUGAGUGGGGAACUUGCAGCAGAAAUAACAAAACAUGUGGAUUUAAGUGGGGCCUGGAAACGAGAACAAGGCAAAUUGUGAAGAAGCCAGUGAAGGACACGAUACCGUGCCCAACCAUUGCAGAAUCCAGACGGUGUAAAAUGGCCAUGAGGCAUUGUCCAGGAGGAAGAAGGCCAGCAAAAACAAAGGAAAAGAAAAAGAAGAAAAAGAAUUUGAUGGAAAGGGCUCAGAAGCAGCACAGCAUCUUCUUAGCAACAGAUAAAACAAGCCAGUAAAGACUUGAUUUUCAUUAAUAUAUUUUUUUUUGCGAAGUGCACAAAAGCUGCUACAUGCUCCUGCCCAUGGAUGCACUACGAUUCAGCUGCUUUGACAGUAUUGGUGGCAAAUAACUUGUGAAAAAAAAAAAGCCCACAAGCUUGUUUGUUUUAUUUAUAUAUUUUUUAUUUUAUAUUUUUCUUCUCAUUUUUGACCUGAAGACUUCAAGUUCAGGAGAGCACUGAGUUGAAUCAGUGGAAUUGGUGCUGAAGUGCAUCAAAGAUUUUGUUCCAAGUGCAUGGUCAGUGUGUUGACAUGAAAAGGAAGCAGGAAAGAAACCUAUGUACCACCAUUAGGCGGACUUGUGCAUAUUUAAAUAAUUUUUUUUUAAAAAAGAAGUCUUGGAGGUGUAGGUACUGUUGCAUUUAUGGCCUUUGUUUCCUGUAUUUGUACAUUUCAAGAGUAAAACGAUAUGACUUACCUACUUAGUGUUAAUGUAUGUUGUUCUCAGCACCUGCUACAUUGAAACAGUUGUAUAAUAAAACUGCUUUAAAACAAUAUACCAUAGGAAUUACUGCUUAGAGUUACAGAAGCACAACAGACUCUAUGUGUACAUAUUACUCUGUCUACGUAUAAAUGAACAUAUUUACUGUACAUCUAUGCAUUUUUAUGUAUAAUACUUUAUACAUUGUUUAAAGUUAUGUCCUGUUGGUUCUAGUAAUAUACUUUAAAAUAAUCCAGUAAAUGUUUAAUUUUUACUAUGUUCUAAGUAUCUUCUGAUAUUUCUCAAUAGUUACAAACUGGAUUUUUUUUUUGUCAUUUGUAAAGCACAUUCAGAUGGCUAAACUACCUUGUAUUGACCCUCGCAAUGGAGUGUCAGCUCUGAGAUAUACUUGCCAGACUAGUAAACUGGGAGUCUUUUCUGCUAUUCUGUACUCCUAUCUCAGUGUAUUUUUGUCUCAGAAAAAGAAAUGUAACUUUUUUAAGAUGAGGCACAAUGAUGACAGAUGUUUUGAGUGUCAGGAGAGAAAUUAUAUGGAAAGUUCUUGGUAUCUAAGAUUGUAUGUGUAGUUUUUUCAAAUAUAACACACAGUGUUUUAUUUCUGUUAGUCCUGAUCCGGUCAGAUACAGCAAACAAAUACCUGAACAGGGGAACAACAAAAGAACAAGCUGUGUUUGGUCACUCAAAAGUAUAGCAAAUCCCAGUCAAUGUCCCAGUGCUGCCAGUUAUUUGUAGAAGUUUAGCAAAUUUAAUCUGCAUCUGUUGUUUGGUUUGGGGUUUUUGGGAGGGAGAGGUGGAAAUAAGUUUCUGUGUAGGAAGCUGAAAUGGCUCAGGAUGUGUAAUUUGAUAAUCUAGCAUUAUUGGGCUUGCAUUCAAGGAGAUUUUUUAAUAUCUGCUGGGAAAAGCCCACAAUAAAUGGCUGUCAUUUAUGCUGUCACUUAGAGAAGUUAUUCCAGUUAUAGGACUAAAACUUGACCUACACAAAGCAAGGAAAAGUAAAACAGACAACAGACCCCUACAAAACUCUUUUUGACAUAUACUUCAGAAAAAUCCCACAAAUCUCAGUUUUAGUCUUAUGGGUUAUAUGCUUUACAAAUAAUCUAGGGGAAUAAGCACAAAUAUAUCCAUAUUUAGCUAGUAAAUGUGUUGCUACAGAAAUGUGCAGUGGUUAGGCACAUAUGAAUGUUCCAUGAAACCGCUUGUGGACUUCCACAAACCAUGAGGUUUUCACCAUCUUUCAUUUAGAAUAUGUUCAUAUUUACCUAGAACAUAAUAAUGUUAAGGACAGUAAGUUUGUUCUGAUCCUGGGCUGCUAUUCUGGACAUUAAAUGCUCACUUACAAAAAAUAAAAUAGAACAAUAAGAACUGUAACUGCCUCUUUGCUUACUGGUUAUCAAAUUUGGCUGUAAGUGCAGUGAAUGCCCUCAUACAAUCCUUUCAGUAGUGAUUACAAGUGUUGUAUUAGGCAUGUCAUGGAAAGAAUGCUACAAAAUACAAUAAAAUUAUGUCACAAGCUUC